UUUAUUGCCGUGUUUUCGAGAAUAAUUUCCUUGUUCAGCUAUAUUGAAACAGAAGUCGUACCUAGUCAGAAAUUGACAAAGUAAAGACUGAGGGUAGAAAUGAUCAACCGUUACACGUUUUUAUCACUAUUUUUUUGUCUGAUUUGUAUGCCAGGAAAGUCAACAGCAUCAUGCCGGACCAUUCAUCAGUUUGCAUGUGAAGACGGCACUUGUAUAUCAAAAGCAAGAGUUUGUGAUGGUAGCCCAGAUUGUAGUAACGGAGAAGACGAAUUCAGCUGCGGACGACCACUGUGCAAACAACGGAAUUGGUCUACUGUGCGUGCAAAUGGAUAUCUUUGCAGACAAAGGUGUGAUCCGCUCCGUAUCAGACAAUGUCGGGGUUUUUUGAAACAUUGCGUAUGUGAUGAUGAGUGCGGAUUCAGCUGUCUCAACGAAAAAACAGGAUGUUCUUCCAAUCUGCCAGAGAUUAGAAACUCCGUCGGCCAUGAAAUUAUUCGUUUCAAAAGAAGGGUGAAAGUUACCGUUGCACCGGGCUCUUUUUAUUUGUAUCGUGAUAUGAUUAAAUACAAGUGUCGCAGGGGAAUGAAACUGAUUGGCCCACUUCUGAGAUGCACAUCAAGAAGAACAUGGAGCACAAAACUACCACGCUGUGUCGCGAUUUAUAAUCCGUGCCAGAACAAUCGCUGUCAGAACGACGGAAUUUGUUUUCCACGCGAUGGUGACUUUGAAUGUGUUUGCUCACGAGGAUAUUCUGGUCGUCUGUGUGAAACCGAGAUUUUUAAUCCGUGUCACAACAAUCGCUGUCAGAACGGCGGAACUUGUUCCCCACUUGAUGAUGACUUUGAGUGUGUUUGUUCACAGGGAUAUUCUGGACGUCUGUGUGAAACCGAAAUUAAAUGCUUUAAUCCAAUACCACCAAUAAGAGGAUACUUGCUAGAAGAAAAGCCAUUUUGGACACCAGGAGAAGCUGCUACGUUUCGAUGCCUCGACGGUUUCGAAUUGUUUGGUGAAGAAACGACUGUGUGUACGGGAGACGCAACCUGGACACAGGGAAACAAAGGGUGCAUAAGAAAUAUAUGUCAAUUGGACCAAUAUGUUCUGCCUAAAGGAGUGACAGUUAGCCGAUAUUCGCCGAUUUCAUUGUAUUUAAAAACGUUUAACGUUGGUGAUACAGUUACUCUAGAAUGUGGAGAUGGUGAACAAAUUUUCCAAAAUGAAAUUCCUUUUGAUCCACCAACUAUCGAAUGCGAUUAUGGUGGACUCUGGACACCCACGUUUGACGAUGUUUUCUGUGGAGCACUUCCAAGUCAAUCAGGUUGUGAUUAUCCAGAUAUAUCCAUCUCUAUGAAACUCAGAGAUUUAUCCACAGAAGAACGUAUUUCGUAUAAUGUGGGAGAGACUUUUCAACCAUCGUGUGAUCCUGGUUAUACACUAGCUGGCCCCACUAGCAUAAUAUGCCGGGAAGACAGUACUUGGUCUACUCUUCCAAGAUGCGUAGAAAUGGCAACAGAGGAACUCCCACCCGUCGUGAGAUGCGACUACCCCGUACUCAAAGACCAUAUGACAAUAGGUGAUAUUGAAAAACAUCUAUUAUAUCUCUUGGGAGAUAGUUUGAUAGUUGGAUGUCAACAAGGAUUUCGUAUUGUAGGUCGCAAUAUCAUAACGUGUCUUGCCAAUGAAAAUUGGUCAGAACUACCUCGUUGUGAACGUUUGGGAUGUCAACUUUCUUUAACAAAUUUAUCCGAAGGAAUAAAAGUCAUAGCACCAAGGCAAACCAUAGAUUCUUACGAAGUCGGCGAUAUCCUCCAGAUGUCGUGCGUCAAUAACACCAAACACGCAUUUUCUCGUAGCUUGCAAAAACUGAUUAAUUCGAGUGUUUGUCUGGAAAAUGAAAGCUGGAAUCCACCGGUGGAUGAUUUCAAAUGCGUGCAAGUAUGUGGAAUUCCUUCAUCUGUUGAACGCGGAACCAUGAUCCUUAACAGUCGGGCAAAAGUUUUCUAUCCAGACGAGACGCUGUAUCCUAAUUGCCCGCCUAAUCACAGACAUUCUGGCAGUAAUCAAAUCAAAUGUUUAGAAGACGGAAGUUGGAAUGAGAAAGUUUCAUGCGAGCCGGUUGGAUGUUGGAUAAACAGCGCUAUUUUGGAUGGUAACGUUACAGUACGGGGUCAUGCAGGGGAAAGUUUGAACGGUGUAGAAUUUGCUGUUGGUCACGAACUGGAAAUAAUUUGCCAAAUUGAGACUCAAGUUCUUGGUCCUGGUUUGCAACCAACGAUAACAUGCCAAGGUUUAAAUGUAUGGUCAAGCGAUUACAGGAAGUAUGCAUGUGUUUCUGGCAUGACUUGUUCCGGAAAAUGCUUGUCUCGUGGGGAAAUUUGCUCAUGUGACUUGUCUUGCCAGAGCAGAGGAGAUUGCUGUCCGGAUUUUUUCGAUUAUUGUGACAAAUAAAGAGUGAUUGUCGUACAGAUGACUAUUAUGCUGAAAUAAAACUGUAAAUAAAAUCUGAUUUUUAUUAUCAUGUACAAUGAUAAUGCAAAUAAGAUAUUGUAAUU